AUGCCUGAGCAGUCAAUAGACCAGAAUAUUUUUCACAAGGUAAUAAAUACUAAUAAUGAUGGAGUCUUCUCUCGCCAGGAAUUGGACAAAGAAUUUGUCAAAUAUGACAUCAACGGUGAUGGUCGUGUUUCCCGCCACGAGUACACGGAGUAUGUUACAAUAAACACCCCAUCACUUCGCCAGUUCUCGCAUGCGCUGUAUGAUGAUUACGACGUUUCCGGUGAUCAUCAUCUAGACAAGCACGAUUAUGACAUGUACUACGCUAAAGUAGAUGCCGAUGGGGACGGCUCAGUGACUGAAGAUGAAUUUUUUAACUACUGGGUUGAUGCAAGGUGA